GACACAGCGGCAGUGCCGUGGGCGCGCCUUCCGUGUCGGAUUCGUACGCUGACAGCCAGCGGUGUGAAUUGGACUCGUCAACGGUUAGCGAUCCACACCUCGCACAUUAUCAACCAAAAUAUACUCUGCGGGUCAUUUCAUCACCUCUUACAAUCACCGUACUACCCCAACAUGAAUCCGCUGUGUGGCAGAUGUAAUCGAGUGGUAUAUCCCACGGAAAAAGUGAAUUGCCUUGACAAGUUCUGGCAUAAAGGAUGCUUUAGCUGUGAAGUGUGUAAGAUGACUCUAAACAUGAAGAACUACAAAGGCUUUGAGAAGAGACCAUACUGUAAUGCACACUAUCCGAAGACAUCAUUCACCAGUGUUGCAGACACCCCGGAGAACUUGCGCCUGAAACAGCAAAGCAAGAUGCAGAGCCAGGUGCUCUAUAAGGAAGAAUUCGAGAAGAGCAAAGGAAAAGGCUUCAGUGUUGUUGCUGACACACCUGAGAUGCAGAGAAUCAAGAAAACACAAGACCAAAUCAGCAACAUUAAAUACCAUGAGGAAUUUGAGAAGAGCCGAAUGGGAGGUGAUGCCCCACCCCAACACCCACAGACACCUCAACAAAUCACAACUCCAGCAUAUCAGCCCUCAGCAUCAUCACAGAACUAUCAUUAUGAACCUGCGCCUGUGCGCCAGGCGGCUGCCGCCCCUCCUCCAAGCUCUGGGAAGCGCUACCGAGCCGUGUAUGACUACAACGCGGCCGAUGAGGACGAGGUGUCGUUCCUGGACGGCGAUGUAAUCCUGGACGUGCAGCAGAUCGACGAAGGCUGGAUGUAUGGGAGGGUGGAGCGCACCGGCCAGCAGGGAAUGCUGCCUGCUAACUACGUAGAGGCCAUGUGAAAACUUAGAGGGAGUGAGAUAGAGAGAGAGAAAGGGAGGGAAAAGGAGAGGGGGUCGCAGAUUAGUAGCCGAGUGUCAUUUCACUUUUCAAGAUCUUUUCCUCUGUCCUAUCCGAGGUCGACCCUUAUGAUCCAAUUAUGAUCCGAAAUAAACAUAGCUAAGUGACCACACAGUAUAAUCAAACACACAAACGGCGCAUACACACACACAUAUACGCAAUCAGAUAUAUAUAUAUAUAUAUGGUAAUGUUGUAUUGCAAUUUACUACUUUUCCCCCCAUAUCUUUCACUGUAUGCAUCUCUCUCUUUAUUGCUUUGCUGCCUGUCGGUUUGUUUGUCUGUUUGUAAGUGUUAUCUCAGUCCUGAAAAGGUGCUGUCACAAGUGGCACUUAAGUCUUAAUAAGACUCGCACACACACACACCUACACGCAAAAUGCAUAACUGCACAGGCCGCUAAAAUAUUUAGGGCCUGCCAUAGAGCACUUCAAACAUCUCGACAGUCUUAUCGGUUGCCAUGACAAUACGUGAAAUAAUCUUUUUUUUUUACUUUUCUUUUUCAUAUUUGAUUUUCAACCUGUAAUAGUAUGUGAUGUAUUUAGUACAGUUUUACAUCUCACCGGUUGUGGGUCUGUAACAAUGCUUGAACGUGAGACUUUUGGUCAUUCUAAUCAUUCCAUACCUGUCUGACCACUUGCAUCACUUAGUGAAACUGGAAUCUCGAAAAGGCUCCUCUUUUUCAACUGGAUGUACUGUAUGAAAAGGAUAGAGUCUUUCGUUAUUACUUAAUGAAGCUUUCACAUUCCUCUGGCCCUUUACUAAAUGAAUUACUAUAUAUAUAUAUUUGAGCCUAACUUUGUUCUGCUUCUGCUUUUAAAGUGAAGAGGAAAUUGUGAUGAACCUUAUUAUUAACAAAGGGAAUAAAGGAAACUGGAACAAUAAGAGCAGAACCGCAUUGUAGUAUAGUGAGAGUAAAGAGGAGCCCAAGCACAAAUCUAAGGAUCAUUUUAGCUUUAACUUUUAAUCAUUCCAUUGGUUUUGUUCCUUUUUUUUUCCGGAGCAUUCCAUGUGCAUAGUAUGAAACUGUAUCUCGGAGCUGUUUAGUAAGAUGUUGGUAUUAAUGUUUUUGUUUGUUUGUUUGUUUUUUCUCAUAUCAUGCUUAUUCUCAUUGCCUUGCUGGUAUUGUAUGAGAAGAAAUUUUAAUGUCAAUUUAUCAAUAUCAGUGGAAUAAAACAAAUCUAUUUGUAUACCAAG